AUGUCAGCUGUUAACGCUGUUAAAAUAAAUAUUAAUACAACAGGACCGUUUAUAACUUUCAGAAUGAUAUCAAGACGGAAAUCGACAACAAAUUUUGAGAAAACGACCCAAAAACCUACAGUUAUAGUAGGUCAAAAUUCCACUCAAUGGGAAAAAAUAUUGACCGCGGUCAAUGAAUGUAAUAUCGAUAUUGAGGAAGAAAAGAGACGAUAUUUUUUUUCCGAACAACAUAUCUCUAAGCAGCCGAAGACGCUUAUGGUAAAGGCUCCGUGUAAGAUCUUUUGCGUAUGUGUUAUCAAAGGAAUUGGGUACCCAACUCAAAAUUUAUUUAAAACAUUGUCAUCAUCGAAAAUAAGCGUUAUUGCGCCUUCGAUGAUUAUGACAAAAGAAAUUUACGAAUAG